AUGUUCUUUAAGGUCGAAUGCCCUAAUUGCAGUAAGGUUCUCAAGGUUGGCGAACAACACUUGAACCGUAAGGCGAACUGCCCCUACUGCAAGAAUGCGUUCGUCGUGCCGGGCCCUAAAGAAGAAAGCCCUUCGCAACCAGAACAACAACCCGAGCAACCGGCAUUCGAGGGCAUCGACACGGGCAGCACCGACGUCAUUGCCCAACGUCGCACCAAAGGCAAACCCCAACCGGCCAAGGGGGCUGCCGCCUCGGUGUUGCAAGCCAGCGCCGGUAGCGAUGUCAGCCUGUUGGUCAGCGGCGGGAUCGCCGUCGCCCUGUCGGUCGUCUUCUGUGGAUUGAUGUUCCCCUUCAAAGGGACGUAUCUCGGCGACUUGUUCCUCGACCGUGGCUGGGUUCCCUUCGCCCUCGUGUUUCUCUCGGCCUGGUCGGCUGCGAUUCUGGCACUCAAAUACCGCAAGAUCUCGCGACAGAAGCAGGCCCUGAUGCUCGACCUGCUUCCCACGGAAAUCUCAAACGACAUCACGCCCGAGUCGGUGGACCGUUUCUUGUCUCACAUCUCCACCCAACCGGUGCGGCCGCAAGACAGCUACUUGGUGAACCGGGUGGUGCGGGGUCUCGAGCACUUCCGCGUUCGCAACAGCGCCUCGGAAGUGGCUUCGAUCCUUUCCUCGCAAGGUGAAAUCGAUGCCACCACAGUGGCCUCGAGCUACACCAUGACGAAGGUCUUCAUUUGGGCCAUUCCAAUCCUCGGGUUUAUCGGCACGGUGAUCGGCAUUAGCGCCGCCGUGGGUGGCUUCUCCGGUUCGCUCGAUGACACCAACGAUGUGGCCAAACUAAAAGAAUCGCUCAAUGGGGUGACCGGCGGUUUGGCCACCGCGUUCGACACCACGCUCGUCGCCCUGGUGAUGAGCUUGCUGGUGAAGUUCCCGACCUCUUCGCUGCAAAAGCAAGAGGAAGGUUUCCUCAACGGCAUCGACGAAUACUGCAACGAGAACCUGCUCAAGCGCUUGGACGAUGGUCGCGGUGGUGUCGAAGGCGCCAUGACUAGCGACGCAGCCCUGGAAGCUUGGACUCGGCGGAUGGAGGCCAUGGGCACCAAGAUCUCGCAGCAGGUGGUUGAAGGGUGGGAACAGAUCAACGCGGGCAUUCGCGAGAACGAAGGCCAACGGUUGGCCCGCGUGAAGGAAUCCGAUCAAGUCAUGACCCAGGCCGGCGAGUCGAUGCGGGCCAGUGCCGAAUCGCUGAACAAAGGCAUCACCCAACUCAAUGCCGGGCUGCAGGGGCUGAAUAAAGUGCUUGCCGCCUUGGGCCAGCAAAAAGUUUCCAUCGACAUGCCCGAGCGUCGCCGCAGUUGGGCCUUCUGGCGCUCCAACGGGAGAUUGAACAUCAUGGUGCGACGGGUCGAAGAGGAAGACGCCGUUUCGCUGUUUCCCUUUCUCAGCGUUUUGGCCUGCGUGAUCGGAACCCUCACGCUGAUGAUCAUGGCCCUCGCCCUGGGGCAGAUGGACACCGAAGAGGUCUCCAAUGCCCAAGAGCAUGAAGAGAACGUCCGCGAGCUGGCCGCUGCCCAGGAAGAAAUCGAAGAGCUGAUCGCCAAGGUCGGCAACCUCGAUCAGUCGCUCCGCGAGUUGACCGAAGUUCGCAAACAGAAAGACGAUCUCUCGAUUCGCCUGAUGCAGCUUACCCAAGAAAUGCCCGACGAGGUCGAGCCGGUCGACUUGGUUGCUCGAAUCGCCGACUUGAAAACGCUGGAACAGCAACUCGAAGAGCUCGAAAAACAGUUGGCUCCCAUGGAGGAGGAACUCAAGAAGCGAAAGGCCCCUCCCGAAGAAGCCGUGGUGAUGAUCCGCCCUGGCGGAACCGGAGUGGAUAUCAAGCCCACCUUCGUCGAGUGCCGUGCCGACUCCAUCGUCAUCUACGAGAACAAGACACCAAAGCGAAUUCCCAAGUCGGAGAUUGGCACCAACACGGUCUAUCUCGAAUUGCUGGCCAAGAUUGCGGCCGACAAGAGUAAGAAGCGAUCGGUCAUCUUUCUGAUUCGCGACGAUGCCAUCGGCACUUACAACGCGGCUCGCAACGUGGCCCGCGAGCACUAUGCCCGCAAUGGGCCUAAUGCCAUGCGACCCCGCGCACAAGAAGACGACGGCAGCCUCGAUUCGCUGUUGGACACCAUGACCAAUGUUGUUGGCAUUUUGGUCAUUGUCCUCGUGGUCACCCAACUCGGCGUGAAGCAGGCCGUGAAGCGGAUCGGCGAGAUGGUCGAUCCCAAGAUCGUGGCCGCCACCCAGGAAGAACUGAAGCAGGCCAACGAGCGUCGCGAGGAAUUGUUGUCGCUGGUCAGCGAUGUUUCGGCCCCGACCGUUGAAGACCCUGCGGCCGAGCUGCGCCGGCUCGAGCAACAGAUCGCCGAGGCCAAGAAGAAGCUCGAAGCCACCGAACAGGAAGCGCUCGCUCGCCAAGAUCAACUCGAACAGCAGACCGAGACGAUCGAAGAGCUGAAUGCGCGCGAGAAAGAAAUCCGCGAAAAGCUGGAAGCAGCGCUCGCCCGCAAAGCCGAGAUCGAGGCCCUGCUCGAAGAAACUCCCGCUCGCGACCCGGAAGGGGACGAUCUCGAAGCGAAGGUGGUCAAUCUCCCGAAUCCCCGCCCCGCCCCCAAGGGUGCCGGCCCCGCGAUGGUGCAUUGUCGCGAUGAAAAGCUGUACCUGCUGAACCUGGAGGAGAUUCGCAAACAGGCUCGAGCUCAGGCCGAGGAGAUCGUGAUCAGCCGCCGUAUGAAUUCCGAUCCCGCCAAGGGCAUCGAUCCCGAAGCGUUCGUGAAGGCUUUCAACGCCAACAAGAUCGUCACCGAUUACUUCCGAGUAGGCAUCACCGCCCGGGGCCGUCAGCCCUGGCUCAUGUUCGAACGGCGCGAAGAUCGAGGGCAUCCGGUAACAGUUCUGCGACGUCGCAACAGUCGGUAUCAAAAAGCCCUGCAAACGCUCGACCCGGAGAAGUUCUACAUCCAGUUCUUGGUGUGGCCCGACAGUUUCGAGAUCUAUCUUGAAGCGCGUAACAUCGCUGCCGAGAACGGGCUGCUGGCCGGGUGGAGUCCAGAGACCCGCACUGACGAGUAUCAAGCUCCCUUGGGUGGCCCACUCGCGUUGGGACCACCGCCAGAACCCAAGCCGGCACCUCCGACUCCACCGAACCCCAAUCCUCAGCCAGCCAGGCAAGCACGCGAGCAGAAUUUGUCGCGAGUGUUGCCGAUCGCUGGGUUUAAACUGGCCGCCCUUCGGUGUUCCUUCAUGAGUCCGCUGGAAUCCAUUUCGAUCUUGCUUGUCUUGGCCGCGCUCUGCACGUGGAUCAACGAGCGAUUCCUGGGGUUGCAGCCCUCGAUCGGGGUCAUGCUAUGCGCGUUCGUUGGUUCACUCACGCUGGUGGUUUUGGACCGCCUGGGUGUCGACGUUCAACUUGCCGAAUCGGUGGCCUUCGUUGGCAAUGUGCAGUUUAGCGAUGCGCUACUGCACGGUAUUCUGUGCUUCUUGUUGUUCGCGGGUGCUCUCGACGUGCGCAUCCAAGACUUGGAACAGAACGCCGGAAUCGUGGUGCUGCUGGCCAUUGUGGCCACGUUUACCGCCACACUGGGAACCGGCAUUUGCAUCUGGGCUGCAAUGAACGCUUGCGGGGUGUCGAUCGACUUAUUGCCGGCACUGCUGUUCGGGGCCAUCAUCUCGCCGACCGACCCGAUCGCCGCGUUGGCGAUCCUCAAAAGUAGUGGGCUUUCAAAGUCGCUGGAAACGAUCAUCUCGGGUGAGUCGCUGUUCAACGAUGGAAUCGGGGUGGUCUUCUUCACCGUCAUUCUCUCGAUGAUCGCUGGAGACCAAGAAGCGUCGGUCUCGGUGGCCAUCACCGUUUUCGUUCGCGAAGUUUUGGGCGGCGUGGUGCUCGGAGUCGUUUUAGCCGUGAUCAGCUACAUCCUGCUCAGCGGGGUGAAUCGCUACGCCUCGAAUGUUUUGGUCACGCUGGCCAUGGUUACCAGUGGCUACGCCUUCGCCGAGUGGUCGGAAGUGUCCGGCCCCAUCGCCAUGGUCGUGUUGGGGCUCUCGGUAGGGAACUACAUGCUUCCAAGAACGAUCGAUGAAACCGGGCGCCGCGAACUGGAAGACUUCUGGCAGAUGUUCGACGAGUCGCUCGACAGUAUCCUCUUCCUGUUGAUCGGUCUGCACCUGCUGGUCGUUCCACUUACGGCGACCACGUGGCUGGUCAUUCCGGCAUCGAUACUCAUUGUGCUGGUGGUUCGCUACGCCAGCGUUGCCAUCCCGGUCACACUGUGGACCAUGCACGAACGGUUCGAAUCCGAACGUUCGGCCAUUUUGAAGCUGCUGACCUGGGGCGGGCUUCGCGGGGGGCUCUCUCUGGCGUUGGCCCUUUCCCUCGACAUCGGAAGCGACAAGGAUCUCAUCCUGCUGAUGACCUACAGCGUGGUGGUGUUUUCGAUUCUCGUGCAAGGCAGCACCGUAGGGCGGCUUUAUCGCUCCAUCUUCCCGGCUACGCAGACCGCGGCAUAA